GCGGCUUCGCGGGGGCAGAGGUUGCCGCAUCAAUAUGGCGUCUCCCAUGGAACUGAGCUGCUGGGGUGGUGAUUGGGGGUUGCCAUCCGUGCACGCGGAGUGCCUCGUUGUCACGGCAUAUGGGAGGUUUUCUGGUGCACCGUUGAAAGUGAAUGUUAUAGAUAAUUCGUGGAGGGCACCAAGAGGGAGUGUACCAUUAUUGGUAUCGGAUGACAUUGUUAUUUCUCAGCCAGCAAAAAUACUAAACUUCUUAAGAAAACAGAAAUAUAAUGCUGAUUAUGAACUCUCUGCAAAAGAUGGAGCUGACACACUGGCCUACAUUGCACUACUUGAAGAAAAACUACAUCCCGCUUUGCUGCAUACUUUCUGGGUGGAAACUGAUAAUUACUACACUGUGACAAAACCAUGGUUUGGUUCAAGGAUUCCGUUUCCUUUGAGUUGGUAUCUGCCAGGGAAGAUGUCUCGGGAAGCAUUGAACAGGAUCCUGGUGACAAAAGGAGGGCCUCCAUUCUGUAGUGUUGCUGAAAUAGAAGCACAGAUCUACAGAGAUGCCAAGGAGUGUCUGAAUCUUCUUUCAAGCAGACUGGGGACGUUGCCAUUUUUUUUUGGAAAUGCGCCUACCACUCUGGAUGCCUUUGUGUUUGGUUUCCUUGCUCCUCUUUAUAAAGUGCAAUUCCCAAAAGUCCAGUUACAAGAUCAUUUGAAGAAGCUUCCCAAUUUAUGUCGUUUCUGUGAUGACAUCCUGAGUUGCUACUUUAGACUAAACAUGACAGGCAUCUCUCCAGCUGGUCAAGAUCCCAUUGAUGCAAACCUGCAGAAACUCAUACAGCUUGUAAACAAGGAAUCCAACUUAAUUGAAAAGAUGGAUGAUAAUCUUCGGAAGAGCCCUCAGCACCCUCCACGGAAACUGACAACUCUCAAACUUUCUACAACUGGGGAAGGAAAUAGCUCAGUGAACCGCUUAUCACCCUGAGAGUUCUCAUGUUUGUGUAUGUGUGUUCUGAUGUCAGUGUCUCAUUGAUCUUCACACUAAUUCUUUGUGUAUAUGAAGUUAUGGAAAAUGCUGAAUUGGUCAACAUUUGCAAGUGCAUUGGUGUGAUCAAUGCACUCAAUGUUUAUAUAGGAAAUGGUGAUAAUCUAUACUGAUCACAGGCAGUAUAGCAAUGUACAUUAGUGUAUGAAGCCACCUUACAUGCUGCAUAAUGUUUGCCUUCCAGAGUUAACAUAUUUCUUGGCCAAGAACUAAAAUUCCACGUGUCACAAUAAUACAACAGCCUCACCUGCUGACCAGGCUUUGUUUUUUUACCACAAUCAUUGUUAUGGCUUAACUAGGUUGUUUUCAAUGUUUCCUCUAAGCUGCGGAGUCUUGUGAGCAAAGUUUCUACUUUCUGAGCUACUGGCAUUAAAGUUGUGAGCUACUGCAUAAAUUAGUGUGCUCUGGGGUAAUUUUUCCUGAGCUAAGACAAAAUUAUGUGAACUGGAAGCUAAAAAUCUGUGAGCUAGCUCAUGCUAAAUCAGCUUAGAGGGAACACUGGUUGUCAUAUGUAUGAAGUAGCUGGUUGAUCACGACUUUCCCCAUUUUUCAUAAAUGGUUCGAACACUAAUUGUUGCUCUUUGUGGUAAGAAGUAGUAAGACAUGGUUGCUAUUUUUAAUAUGCUGUUGCAAGCAAUAAUUAGGAAAGAGUUGUUUUAAAGUGAAUUUAGAUUUUAAAAAUAAACUGCAUUGCAUUAGCACUUGAUAUUAAAACCUUUAUUUAGAUCUGGUCUCAGUGAGGAAUGGUACGACAACCCUCCUUAAGAGAAUAUCCCUUCAAUCUCUAGCACACAGAAUUAUAGUAUUUGUUCAAUGCAGGUGGGAAGUUAGACUUGAAAUCCUGUUGCCAGCUAAGAUUGAACAUAAAUUCCUCAUGCUUCUAGAGCUUCAUUAGUUUCCUGUCUUUAUAAGUCAGGGGUGGCCAAAGUUGCUUAACAUAAGAACCACAUAGAAUAAACAUCAGAUGUUUGAGAGUCACAAGACAUAAAUGUCAUGUCUGAAAGAAGGAAGGAAGGCAAAUAGAUGGGCAGAGAGAGGGAGAGGUGGAAAUAAAGUGACUUUAACUUUAAAUACAUUCUCCAAGCUGCUGGCUGGCUUGGCUUGGAAAAGUGAUUUAAAGAGAGAAAUGCCUUCUCCAAGCUGGCCGAUGGGGUGGUGGGGGCUUCGAGAGCCAUACAUUAUGUAUGGAAUUGCAACAUGUGGCUCCUGAGCUGCAGUUUGGCCACGCCUGUUACAAGUCUGUGCAGUAACCCAGCUUUUUUCUUCUUCGCUGGAUCAGUGAUCUCCAGAAUUAAUUUUAAGUUGUAAUUUGGUUGAUUAAAGGGCUGUUGACCUGAUAUAAAGCACUGUGGCCAAUUAUGCUGCAUACCCAGAGCUCCUAACGAGCAUGGGCUUUCCUUUUCCUUGAAACAGCAGUGGCAAUCCACAUAUACACGCACAAUCUCUAACUGCCAUCAGAGUAAAGAAAUGCAUUCUUGUGCAUGCAAGACACUCUGUUUCCUGCAUGCACAGAGAAUGCUAAGUCAGAUGAUUGUGUAACAUUUCUUUAUAAUAAUAAUGUGGCAAUGAAUGAGGUGCAUUUCAUUUUAGCAUUAGCUAUGUCCAGGUGGUCCAGAUAAUUAUUCUAAAUAAAAGGUGGCCUGUUUGUUUGCUUUUUCAGAUGGAGUGGAUGCCUCAAACCUGAUCCUGUUCAUAAUAAUAUUGUUCUAAUUUACCAGUAUUUUCUAUUUUCAGAAAGGUGCUCAGCUCAAAUGGCAACUGCUCUUAAUUGAUCAUUUGGUAGCUAAGCCUAAAGAAAUAGCUUUCAUACCAGCGUCAAAUGCAGCUCUCCUCAGGUGACUUUAUUUUGCAAAGUCAAAAAAAGCUGACCCCCCCCCCCCCUUCCACACAAUUGCUUGCAAUGUUCUGUAUUUGAAGAGAAGUAGCUGUACAAAUGAGUCUGUAAAUCAUGUACAUAAGCUUUACUUUAUAAAAUAAGGAUUGUAAAGAUCUUUCAUGGAUGUUGUUAUUUAUAACAAUUUUGGAUGUCUAACAAUAAAUUUUAAGUUUCAUGUUA